AGCGAAAUGGAUAUUGUCAUACGCGAGGAGGAGCUGUCGCUGACGCAGAUUGGCAUCUACGCCUCCGUUUCGUUUCUGGUGGUAUCUGCCGUCGGCGCAGCCCUCUACACCACCUGCUCGCGACGCUAUCGCCUGAACUGGUUCGAGCAGACCCUGCUCGAGUCGGCCAGCGAGAAGGAUGAGGAGCAGCAGAGCCGAGAGGCGUUGGUGGCUGGCACCGUGGGCUACAACGUGGACAACUUGAACGAGUGUGUGGCACGUGGCAAAUUGGCAUCAGGCAACGGGGGCAACAUGAGUCCCACGUCCCUCAGGUCGGAGGAUGCCGAUCCGGCCUUCUGGGUGCCCGCCUCGGUGACCUCGUCAACGGCUGCCGUGCAGCAGCAGGUCUCCAAUACCACCGAAGACUCGGCCCCGCCCACGCCUACCUCGCCCACUGGCAGCCUCAAAUCGAACACCCUGUCCUACUGCUCGAGCACAUCGGUGCCCAUUGCUCGCUCCGACAAGCAUGUCGUCCUGGCCAUGCAUCCCAGUCGCCCACGCGUCUCCUCCAUGAAUGCCAAGCUGGAUCAUACCAAAAUCGACAUGACUCUGUACCGCAGCCAGCACGCCCAGCCAAAGACCGUUUGCCCCUCGACCACCGGUAAUGAGGUGCGAGGCAAUUUACAUGUCUGCCUCAGCUACGAUCCGGUUGGGGGCUUGCUCAACGUGCGCCUGCUCGAGGCACAGAACUUGCAGCCACGACAAUUCAGCGGAACGGCUGAUCCCUAUGCCAAGAUACGUUUACUUCCCGACAAGAAGAACUUCUGGCAGACGCGCAUACAUAAGAAGACAUUGAAUCCAG